UCACUCUCUCUCUCUCUCUCUCUCUCUCUGUCUCUCUCUCUCUCCACGUUUACCUCUUUCUCGAUUUCUCUCUUUCUCAGUUAUUUGCUCACUUACUCUCACGCAUAUACACGUACGCGGGUACAUUAUAUAACAUACACGCGGUUGGUCCUCUCUUGUUCCGUGUGUCGUCUACUUGUUGUGUUGUCUAUCCUCUUUGGGUUUAGGUUCGGGCUCGAGUGAAUCGAGAGCGACGGGAAUGUGUGUCGCCGAUGAUCGGCGGAAAAGAGCGGCAGCCUCUCGCGCAACGGAUCCUCCACGGUGUUCGAUCAUCGGCUGAAAAUAUUUCCGUGCACCGAUGCACGCAACGGUUUGCCCUCGCGGGCCCGCGGAUACGGUUCUGCAAUAUGUUCUCCCACGAUUACCGUUUCGUUUCUACCACGAGCAGCACUAUUCUGGACGUAACGAACGUAACGUAAUGAACGCGAGGCCAGGAGACAUGUAAAAUGUGUUGUACAAUUAUGGAACCGAUGAAUUUUAUACCAGUGAUUUAGUGCUAUGUGUGAACACAUGGAACAAGGGACUUCAUAAAUGUUCAAAAUGACUUCUUCCCGUUUCGCUGCAUAUACUGACGUGCACAUUCUAAGGGAAACUUCCGUCGACGAUGGCAACAGUGCGCUGGAUAUUUUUAUGGAUUCCUUAAAUGGGUCCAAUUUUCCAUGCGUGCUGUAUGUACUCCAGGCGGCAGAGCGCGCAGUAGCACAAAGACACAUUUACACACAGGAAACAUGCAUAGAUGCACACUUACCUGCAAUAUUGUUAACAUAGGUGGAUGGGUCCCGAAGACGUCAUUGGAAACUGAGAUAGAAAUAUGGCUCUGUUGCUCUGAGUACAUAUCGAGACGAUAGUACGCGAUCGAUGUGGAAAUUGAAGGAGCUAUGCAGUUGACGUGUUCCUCGAUUCGGUGAAGAGAAACGAGCACGGGAAUAUCGUCGUGGAUGUACAGAAGAGGGAGGUGGAAAGAAUAGAAAUUCGCAGACAGUUUGAAAACGAGAACGAAGAUGCGCUCGGCCGACACGUGACACGAACAGAAACAUAACAGAGCUAAAGUAUUUCUAAAUACGUACGGACAGAGGAUAGUAAUCUAACAAAAAGAGAGGAGAAAAAAGAUAGCGAGAGAGUAAGAGAGAGAGAGAGAGGGAGGGAGAGAGAGAGAGAGAGAGAGGGAGGGAGAGGGAGAGAGAAAGAAGAAGAGCCAAAGGAGAAGAAGAAAAAUAUUUUUCGUGAAGGAAUAGAGCAAAUUUUUACAGAAGCAGUAGACAAAUUACGAACUACGAAAUAGAAAUGAGAGAAUAGAACUUCGGAGAUGUUUCUACUACAACGACAAACGGAAGAUGCUUUAAAUAACAAACUAAAAUAGAGAAGGAGAGAAGAAAAACGAGGAAGCUGUACGAAAACAAAGGGAGAGGGGAUAUAAGUGUAUAGGAAUUAAUAAGCGAUACAAUUAAAAGUAACUAGGAAAAAACACUUUUAUAUGCGAACGACGUGUUUUUAAAUAGGAAACAUAAACGCGAGGGAAACCGCGAGAAGGGGGGUGGAGUUGAUACGGAACUGGAUAACGCGGUGUGGACAGGAGGUUUUAGUCGGGGCGAGGAGAUAUAGAACGUUGCGGAUUGGACGGAUUCGUUUCGGCGAGAUAGCCGAAAAUGACAAGACAAUGCUCGUCGUCGCGUCUGAACGUGCGAAGAACGAAGAGGAACGGAAUCGACGGUGGACACUUCGGGAAUGUCGUUCAAUCGAGAAUGGAAUAACGAACGUGAUCAGAGACGACUAGAGAAAGAGAGAGAGAGAGAGAGAGAGAGAGAGAGAGAGAGAGAGAGAGAGGGAGAGAGAGAAAAAAAGGAAAGAAGAAGUCUGCGGGAAACGCGAACACGUUCCAGACAUGAAUGUUACCGUAAUCGUGGACUUUUCCAGCACCGAGAACUACGACGAUGCAACCAACGGUCUUGAUUGCGGCGGAGAGCCAUACGCGUACGGGAUAUGGGAGCGUUCGAUGAUAGUAAUGAUCGCCGUCAUGCUCAGCUUGGUAACCGUCGUCGGGAAUAUCAUGGUGAUGAUAUCGUUCAAGAUCGACAAACAAUUGCAAACUACCUCCAAUUACUUUCUGUUCAGUUUGGCAGUUGCUGAUUUCGCGAUCGGUCUAAUUUCCAUGCCUCUGUUCACGGUUUACACCGUGCUCGGCUAUUGGCCGCUAGGACCGCACGUGUGCGACACGUGGCUGGCGUUGGAUUACCUGGCCAGCAACGCGUCGGUUUUGAAUCUUAUGAUCAUCAGCUUCGACCGGUACUUCUCUAUAAUGUGGCCUCUCACCUAUCGCGUCAGGAGGACUACUUCGAAGGCGGCCAUCAUGAUCGCGUCUGCAUGGGGAAUUUCGUUGCUUCUAUGGCCGCCGUGGAUCUAUGCAUGGCCGUACAUCGAGGGCCAAAGAACAGUGCCACCGACGGCUUGCUACAUUCAAUUCAUCGAGACAAAUCAUUACAUUACAUUUGGUACCGCGAUCGCCGCGUUUUACGUACCCGUCACGGUGAUGAUAAUCCUUUACUGGCGGAUAUGGAAGAAAACCACGAAUCGGCAGAAGACCCUGCCGUAUUUGCAGGCGGGCACUGAGGACGCCAGUAAAAGGAGUUCAUCUAGUAUUGGGUUGGACACAGAUGACAGCCGGAGGCCUAGGAGCGAGUCUAGCACAGGCGUAAGCGACAUGAAUUCGACACAUAUGGCAGUCUCAUAUCUUGAUAGACAGUAUUCUCAAUUCAAAACAAAAUACAAACCAUGGAUCCGAUUCAAAAUGUGGUGCACCGCCUGGUGGCUGAGCGGUCGGGACGACGAUGACGACGACGACGACGACGACGACGAUGACGACGACGAUGUCGAGGGUGCCGAAAGUAGUCGCACCACCGGCCACGCCGUCGACGAAGCCAUCACGCCGUUGUCGGCCGAGACACCCCUAACCGGCACGGUGUCCCGGUCGCCGUCGAUAACGAACAACCACGAGUACGGGAAACCAGGGAAAGUUAGCGAACUGUCAACGAAAAACAUCCCUAGCGACACUGUCUACACAAUUCUAAUCCGGUUUCCCACACAUGACAGCAGCGAGAAGGGCAAGUACACGGAGAAGCCGAGCAUAAAAAUGUACCAUUGCGAGAGCCCGACGACGCUGACCAGGAGGCCGUCGCAAAUGCCGGACAUUAGGAUGCCGUUGGGCAUGAGGAACAUCCCGAAGCAACCGGUGGCGGCCAGCAAAAGUGCCGCGAGCAAGGUCGCCGCGACGAAAAAGAAAAACAUUCAGGACAAGAAGGGGGAACGUAAGGCCGCGAAGACGUUGUCGGCCAUCUUGCUGGCGUUCAUCAUCACGUGGACACCGUACAAUAUCCUCGUUCUGAUCAAAUCCAUCACAGCCUGUUCGUUGUACAUACCGCAACCACUGUGGGACUUUUUCUAUUAUCUUUGUUACAUUAAUAGUACUGUGAACCCGAUGUGUUAUGCCCUAUGCAACGCGGCGUUCCGAAGAACCUAUGUGCGAAUACUGAAGUGCAAGUGGCAUAACAGGAACAGGAGUGGGAUGUUCUCGCAGCUGAACCCGAAGAACAACUCGAUUUAAAGGAGAUAAACGAAAAAA